AUGGAUGUAGCAGUCCAACAUAUUGAUGGCUUCCUUGAAUGGAUCCAGGAUUAUCGAGAACAUGGUUUCGCUGCUGCAGAAACUACAGCUAAAGAACUUGCCCCUACUAUGGAUGUUCCUUGCGAAUAUACGCCUGUUAAAAUUCGACGAAAGCGAAGACUGUUUGAUUAUGAAGGUGAAGAUUCCGCAACACAUACCCCACGAGAACUGUUCAAAACAGACUAUUUCCUGCGCGUAAUUGAUUCCAUAAGUCAAUCUGUGAAGGAACGUUUUGAUCUACUGAAUGCUUUCUUUCGUGGUUUCGAGAUUCUCACUAAUAUCUCUUCAUUGCGCGAUGCGAACAGAACUGAUGUUCUGACCAAUUGCAGAAGACUAGCAAAGGCCUUGUCUCAUAAUGACAGGACAGACACUGACGGUGAAGGUUUGUGGGAUGAGCUGAUUUCUCUGUGUUAUGUAAUCCCCGAAAAAUCCUCUGCGACGUUUGUGCUGAAAUACGUGAUAGAUCAUUCACUAACAGAUGCCUACCCAAACACCUUUGUUGCUCUUCGGGUUUUCCUCACUCCGCCAGUCACAGUUGCUGCAGCAGAGCGCAGCUUCUCUCGGCUGAAGCUGAUAAAGACAUACCUGCACUCCACCAUGUCGCAGGAAAGACUCAGUGGCUUGGCCAUUCUUUCAAUUGAAAACGAAAUUGCAAGUGCUUUAGACUAUUCUAAAUUGAUAGAUGACUUUAGUAAGAGGAAUGCCAGAAAAAUAGUUUUGUAA